AUGGCGACGCACGGGGAGGCGCUACACAGCCGCGCUUCGAGACUCGCGGAGAUGCGGAAAGGCUUGCGUGCGUUGGCGACGAAUGGCGACGAAUGGCCACGUCCCGGCGACGCUUCCUUGUGCGCGUCUCACGGGCAGCAUGAUGUGGACUCAUGUGUCGCUACCAGCAGCGCCUCGUUGGUGCUGAGCACGGAGACGCACUGCGUACGGCAGCGCACGGCAGAGAAGCACGGCGCACGGCGCACGCGGAGAAGCACGGCAUACGGCGGAGAAGUAUGGCGCACGGCGGAGAAGCACGGCGACCAACGCCUCCGCAUGGGUCUCUCGGGCGGCGCUUGGCGGUGCUUCGACCGUCGCUACCAGAAGCGCCUUCCUCCGAAUCGGGCUGAGGGAAGCGGAAGCGGCGCUGCCGGCAACGGGACUUCAAGCUACGCCGACUCCCUCACAUGCGCAGGACCAGGGGAGCGGCGGGAGCGGCGCUGCCGGCAACGGGACUUCAAGCUGCGCCGACUCCCUCACAUGCGCAGGACCAGGGGAGCGGCGGGAGCGGCGCUGCCGGCAACGGACUUCAAGCUGCGCCGACUCCCUCACAUGGGGAGCGGCGGGAGCGGCGCUGCCGGCAACGGGACUUCAAGCUGCGCCGACUCCCUCGCAUGCUUGGCGGGAGCAGGAGCAACCAGCGCAAGCGCCAGGCAUCAAUCGCGCGCCUGCGCCUGGUUCCCCCACUCCUAUUCCCCAACGGCCCCCUACUCCCCUUUUCCCCUCUCCCCCUCUCCCCCUCUUCCCCUCUUCCCCUCUUCCCCUUCCCCCCACCUCCCCCCUUUCCCCCGCAUCCGCCCCCCAGUCACGGCGCCAUCCGCGCGCUACCUCGCAAGGUGCCUCUGCCUCGCCAUGGGGAAUCUCUGGGAGCAGCUGAGCAAGGCGCGCCUCCACCUGGCGGAAGCCAUGGCUCUCUGGGGGCGCGCCACUGGGGGCGCACGCUCGUGCUGCAGUCGCAUCGGCAGCAACAACCUGCCACCUGGCAUGCUCUGCUCCCGCGUGCGCGGUCUUUGCCACAUCGGUGCUGAUGGGGCGGAGGAGGCAGGAGGAGGUGCCUCUGUGCUGAUGGGGCGGUUCGUGCCGUGGGUGCGCGAGGAGUACCUCUGGCGGACAGUGCUGCCCGCUUGGGAGGGGCGAGGGGGAGCGAGCUCGGGGGAAGGGGAGGUGGACGCGGGGAAACGGGGGGAAGGACACGGUCACGAGUAUCGAGAGCUCAUGCAGGCAGCAGGGCAACGCAUCUUCAGGGAGAAGCAAGCACCCAUCUCAGCUGCUCCUGCCCUCACCAUCGGGUUUCUUUCUCAGUGCUUUGUGCUUCUGCUUCUCCCCAAACAGCUUGUCCCCUCACCCGCAAAGACCCCAGAGGCAUUGCACGGUGCGCACAGCAACGAGCGGCUGGGCAACAACAUGGAUGGGGAUCUGCACAACCUGCAUGUGGACAAGGCAUUGCGGCACCUGCACCUGCACCUCACGCUCCUGCAAACCCUGCCCAGUCAGUCCCCCCUCUCCCCACUUGCCCCUUCCCAUGUGCCUGUUGAGUCAACUCAAAUGACACCUGCCUAG